AUGUUACCCCCCCUUUUUUUUGAAAUGGUCGCCUUUCUUCCUUUCGUUAUACCUCUUCUUCCCCUUGUAGCAGGCUUUGUGCACCCUGGUCUCCUCGUCUCCAAUAGCGAUAUCACUCGCACCCAGAAAAAGAUCAAGGCCAACCAGGACCCAUGGACUAUAUCUUGGAAUACCCUAACUAGUCUCUCAUUCUCUGACGCCAGCUAUACUCCUUCCCCGGUUAGCGUUGUCUAUCGGAGUACAUGGGAUGACCAUACCGAGAACGCAGAGCUCCUCUGGCAUGACGUCGCGGCAGCAUUCGAUCUAGGCCUACGCUGGAAAAUAUCCCAAAACACAAGCUUUGCUGAUGCUGCUAGCAAUAUUCUACAUGCAUGGGCGAUCACUCUCACUGCAAUCGACGGUGGUGACGAUAAGUACCUCACAGCUGGCCUGCAGGGGUACGAACUCGCCAACGCAGCCGAACUCCUUCGCGACUAUCAGCCCUUCGUGGACAAUGUCCUCCCAGCUGUUGUGGAAAUGGCCAAUAAUAUCUUUAUCCCGAUGCACUACAGAUGGUUGAACCAUGAAGAGCCGUCGGAGCACAAUGUUCUUCAUUUCUUCGCAAACUGGGAGCUGUGUAAUAUCGCUUCGGCAAUGGCUAUGGCUGUCAUAACCGACAACCAAACAGUGUGGGAUUUUGCUGUGGAUUACUUCAAAACUGGGGAAGGAACGGGCGCGAUCAACAAUGCCAUCAGCAAUAUCGUUGAAGAGCCUGGUACUGGGGCUUUACUCGGUCAGGGCCAAGAAUCUGGUCGUGACCAGGGUCACUCAGCAUUAGACAUACAACUUCUCGGUGUUAUCGGGCAGCAGGCCUGGAACCAAGGAGAGGAUUUGUUUGCCUAUAACGAUAGUCGGAUUCUCCGCGGAGCGGAGUACUUUGCGCGAUAUAACCUUGGAAACGACGUUCCCUUCGUCUACUACACGAACGGCAUAGUUAGCCACACCGAAAUCAGUAGUGCCUCUCGUGGAGCCAUUAGACCUACCUGGGAGCUUCUCUACAGCCAUUACGUCACGAUGAUUGGAAUGGACGCACCUUGGACCACUCUGUUCCUCAACAACUCUCUUGACUACUACGGCGGCGCGGAGGGCGGUGCGGGAUCCUGGGGAGAAGGGUCUGGCCACUACGAUGGGUUGGGCUGGGGAUCAUUGCUCUAUCGCAUGGAUGAGUCUGAUGUGGUAGCUGCAUCCUCCUCUAAAUCCACUUCGCCUACAGCAAAUCCCACCCCGAGGACGUCCAUUACAUCUCGCGCAACGGCUACAACAUCUGUCGUAUCCCGCCAAAGUGCGAUUGCUUCGAGUUCAACCACCAUAGAAGUUGGGGCUGUCUCUGAUAAUUUGGUCACCAAAAUAUCUAGAUCGUCAACUAUUGCAGACAACAGUGGGACUUUCCCAUCUUCUACGAGCAGUACAACUUCAACCAGCAUAUCGACAGCUUUGCCCAAUACGAUACCUGAUAGGUCGCAUGAAGCUCAUCACCAUCAUCAUCACGUGGAAGGUCAAGCACAGAAUGUUUGCCAUUGUGACCGGCUUGAUCCCGUGUGUUCCCAAUACAAGAGAGCAGGCAAACCAUGUGGCGGCUAUCGGGAUGUGCCGUCUUAUAUGUUCCGCGAUGAGAAUGGCAAGGCGGCUCGACGAAGUGCAGCAGCAAAAGCCAAGACCGAGCCCCGUCGAAGAUUGGAGGAUAGUGCUCUAGAAUCUGAUAUAUCCACAUCCGUCUUACGAGCCGAUAUUUUGCCGUCAGCUGCGUUAUUCUGCAGGAGCAUGGACCAAUUGACUCCGACUCUGAGAAUUACUACCCCGAUGUCCACCCCAUUGGAGGACCAGGGGCUGAGAUUCUUUAUCAACAGUUUUGUGACACGGAUGGCCACCAGACCAAAUGGCUCUAUAGAUGUAGGUGGCAAACCACCGUCUCCUCAUUUUGGAGCCAUUAAUCUCCAUCGGUCGAGUCGAGAUGCUGUCAUCUCGGUUGGCCUUGCCGCCUUGUCCAAUGUCAAUAAUGACAGAGCACUACGGAUAUUGUCUCGAGAGAAACAUGCCCUGGUUAUCAAGGCUGUGCGAGAAGUAGUGCAGAAUCCCACUCAGGCAAAUCCCGACAAAGCGUUCCACUUGAUCGUAAUGCUAAGUAUAUACGAGAUGGUAAGCUGUGCCCUAAACCAGCUCGACUGUUGGAUUGUGCAUGCGGAUGGUGCGGCUGCCUUGCUUAAACAAUCCACCUUUCGGCUGUCACUCCUGGCCAUGAACCACCGAGCCCACUUACAAUUCUACUUUGUUUCAAUUGUCAAGUACUUUGCUAAGAGGGUUAUCACCCUGGGUCUACUGGACUGGUCUCCUAAUCUUAUACCCUCUGCGUCACCAGAUAUCUUACCAGGCGUCGGCCUUGUUGACAUACUAAUAAGAUUCACGAAGUUCGAUGCAUGUCUGCAUCACGAAAAAGUCGACGCCAAAGCAGCAGUUGACCCAGCACUAUCGUUUGAAGGUGAACUUCGCGAGUGGGGAACUCAUCUCCCAACAUACUGGUCCUUUACUGUGAAACAAUCCAAUACAUACGAGUACAGCUUUCGCGACCAGUGCCAUGUCUACAAAAGCAUGUGGGUUUCGAAAGUUCUCAACCACUACCGCUGGGCACGACUCCUGGUAAACGAAACCAUCGUAUCCCUAAUUUCGAGAAUGGCACAACCCACAGCAGAUAAUAUGAUUCAACGGCAGCAAGCAUUGGACACGAUUGCCUGCAUGGCAAUUGACAUAUGUGCCGGAGCUGCAUGUCAGGAGGCUACCUUCAAGCAAGGAGUUGCCGAAGACCCAUCACGUAUACCACUGUUGAACGGUAUAUUCAUGCUGCUUUUCCCAUUAGGAGUUGCCGGGGGUGCGGCGGGGACCCCCGAUGAAGUUCAUGAAUGGGUUGUUGGAACGCUUGAGCGAAUAGGACGCACGAUGGGGAUACAGCGAGCUUUGGAAAUGAUACCCCAACUGAAAAAUCAGUCAGGAAAUGGAAACUAG